AUGUCUGAAGCAAAAGAAUUCCCGCCACAGAAAGUAAAGGAAGUGGUGAUUGAAGUUGCGAAAUUAUUGAAGGAGAGAGGGGAAACUGUCAGUGUAGCUGAGACGGCGGCGGGAGGUAUCAUAUCCGCUUCUAUUCUCAGUACGCCCGGCGCCAGCAAGGUGUUUAAAGGUGGUCUGACGGUGUACACUUUGGAAUCGAGAAUAGCUUUUGCCGGUUGGACCCCAGAAACCAUAGCUUCGUAUAGUGGACCUACACCAGAUAUCGUGGCGGGUAUUGCCGAGAAUGUGAGGGGAAAAUUGGGAAGUACUUAUUGUAUUUGUGAGAGUGGGACUGCAGGACCUGGUGCUAGUGGAGAGGGGAGGAACAGACAACCAGGAUAUGUAGCCCUAGCUAUCGCAACGGAGAAAGGAACGUAUAAGAAAGAUUUGAGUACGGAAUUGGGUGGUGAUAGAGAGGGGAACAUGGUUGCGUUUGCAAAAGAGGCGUUGGCAUUUUUGAGGGAUGUUUUGAAGGGUGAUGCGAAGCUUUAA